AUGGCGAUGGUCGAAAAGGAGGGCUUCCUGCAAUGGCCGGGUAAGAUGCGUGAUACCCCGACUAAGAAAAACACACAUGAAUAUUGCAGGUUCCAUAAAGACAAAGGGCAUAACACGGAGGAUUGCUACCAAUUGAGAGACGAGAUCGAAAGGCUGGUGAGGCAAGGUUAUUUUAAACAUCUGAUUGACAGGAGAGCUGAAGCGGGUGAUUGCAGCAAGUCGCGAAGCCAUGAGCGACACCAGAAAGACGAGGCAGGAAAGAGUACAGCUCGAGAUAAUCCACCCACGAAGGGCAUUAUCCAUACUAUAUCAGGUGGACUGACGAAUAGAGACUCAAUGAGGUCGAGGAAAAAAUAUACCAAGGAGAGCAGGUCCAGAUACGGACAACAAGUGAUGCAUGUAGAAAAACAAGAAAAUAUAGUCUUUGGAGAUGAAGAUAUGAGUUCGGGUGCGCCUGACCAGAACGAUCCUAUGGUCAUAAAAAUGGACAUCGCCAACUACCAGAUACACAAAGUGUUGAUAGAUAAUGGUAGUUCUAUUGAUAUUAUUUUCAGUGAUGUUCUCAGGAAAAUGGACUUGAAAAAUGUGAGAUUGAAGCCAGUUCGGACACCUUUGGUCGGGUUUCGGGGCAGUGAGGUCGUUCCUGAAGGUGUGAUAGAGCUGCCAGUUUUCUUGGGGGAAGAACCCAAAAGAAAGACCUGCAUGGUCCAAUUUUUGGUGGUUGACAGUCCGUUCACAUAUAAUGUGGUACUAGGGCGACCCGGAUUAAAUAAGUUCAGAGCAGUGGUAUCUACGUACCACCUAAAGAUGAAGUUCCCCAGGCCGCAGGGAGUAGGGGAAGUGACAUGCGACCAACGAACGACGAGGCAAUGUUAUAAUUUGGCUGUUAAGCAGGGAGAAACAAUGAAAAAGGAAAAGAGAAAAGAGGAGAUGGACCAAGUGAAGAGGCAAAACGGGGAAAGAUGGAAAGAAUCGAGCCGUUGGAGGAAUAUAAGGAGGUCGAGUUAA